AUGCUGCAUUUAUCUAUCUAUCUAUCUAUCUAUCUAUCUAUCUAUCUAUCUGCAUGCAUAAUCUUAUUAUUACGUGACACCAUAAAGUGGCGGGGUUUUUUUAUUCUUUUCCUUCCAGCACGAGCAGGAGAUGUGAACUGCAUUAAACACUAUUUACAAAGAAGACUUACUCUCAAAAUUGCCGCCGUCACACACUUAAAUGACGUGAACGCAUUUUUAGUGAGAGUGACGGUGGCAGUUGGUGGCUUCCUUCGCCGUAGAAAGAAGAGUGGGGGUAAGAGGCGGAGGUAUGGAUGGCAAUAUCGACGGGAAAUCCCUGUCUUCUUUCGCUUGAUGGAACUGGUUUUAUUCUGUUAUUCGCCUAACUCUUUCUCUUCUGACUCUCUUUUCGGCUUCUUUCUUUCUUUCUUUUCUGAUGUUUCCUCCUUUUUUUCACUCUUUUCUUUUUCUUACUAUUUACUUCUUUUUCAAGUUUAUAGUUCUUCUCGUUUACUUUUCUUCUUUUUCUUCUUCUUUUCUUUCCUAAUAUUUUCUUCUUUUUCUACUAUUUUCUUCGUUCCGUUUUCCCCCUUUUUUCAUUUUCAUCUUCCACUUUUUUUAAUUCUUCUUUUCUUUUCCUCUUUCUUCUUCUUCUUCUUCCUUUUCUCCUCCUCCUCCUUAUUCUUCUUUUCUUUCCUCAAAUUUUCUUCUUUUUCUACUAUUUUCUUCGUUCCGUUUUCUCACUUUUUACAUUUUCUUCUUCCUCUUUUUGUAUUUUUUAUUUUUCUUGUUUAUUACACUCCUCAGUUAUUUCUUUUUCUUUUCCCCUUUUUCUUCUUCUUCUUCUUCUUCUUCUUCUUUUUUUCCUAA